GCGUCUCUCUGUUCUGGCACAGCAUCACUGGCAUGCUAAAUAAGAAACAGCUGAUGGCUGAGGCGCCAUUGAGAGGAGAAUCACAGUGAAUGCUGAAUGUCUUUUCUAGUGUGUUCAGUAUUCCAGUGGUGCUGCAGUGGCAUAAAAAUAAAUGUACUUAACAAAAAAGCUGAGCCAAGGGACUGCUGAUGAAGGCGAAGGAUACAGAAUGCACCUCUGCUGAAGAUUUGAGGGCACACUGCAUUUUUUGUUUGCAACCAGGACUGCCAAGUGGAUGAAUCAGUUAUUUGUGUGGGGUUUUAAAAUAUAUUUCUUCCAUGCUUUAAGGAAUAUUGUUGGAUUUCAGCUUUAUUUGUGGAGAAAUAAAUAUGUGGCUGGCUUCCAGUUCCCCUCUCCGUAGCUGUGCUGAUGGAAGUGAUAUUUCUAAUCAGUAUUAAUGAAGUUGCUAAUGCUCUGAUUUCCUUCCCCCCACCCCUAACCCCAGAAAUGAUUGCUAAUAUGAAUGGCUAGCAUGUGGAAGAUUGUAGUCAGAGCUGGUUUAUUACACCAGUGUUUUUUCUAGGAAACUAGAAUUAUAUGAUGCUUAAGCAAACUUCAUGAUCAUGGCUGAAAAAGAGAGGUGAAUGGACUUAGGAUGUUCCUGAAAUGUGAUUUUUUAUGAGUUUCACAUCACCUGGAAGAUUUGGGUUUUUCUGUCAAGUCUUGCCUUCUACAUGUGCUGCCCACGAUCUCUUCAAUGUCGGAUGGAGAUUAGGAAAGCAAGGGAGCCCAGUAAUAAGCGGGUCAGGCCUCUUUCUAGAGUGACAUCACUAGCAAGUUUAAUUCCUCCUGUUCGAGCAACUCCUUUGAAACGAUUCGGUCAGACGCUUCAGCGUUCCAUAAGUUUUCGCAGUGACAGUCGGCCAGAUCUGCUUGCCUCAAGACCCUGGACUAGAAAUGUACCCCCUGCUAGCACCAAGCGAAGAGACAGUAAACUUUGGAGUGAGACCUUUGAUGUUUGUGUCAAUCAAAUGCUGACAUCCAAAGAAAUCAAGCGGCAAGAGGCAAUUUUUGAACUUUCACAAGGAGAAGAAGACUUGAUAGAAGACCUGAAGUUAGCAAAGAAGGCUUACCAUGACCCAAUGCUUAAACUUUCCAUAAUGUCAGAGCAAGAAUUAAACCAAAUAUUUGGGACACUGGACUCUUUAAUUCCUUUACAUGAAGAUCUUCUUAGACGGCUAAAAGAAAUUAGGAAGCCUGAUGGAUCUACAGACUGUGUUGGUCACAUCCUUGUGGGCUGGUUGCCUUGUCUAAAUUCCUAUGAUAGCUACUGUAGCAACCAGGUAGCUGCCAAAACUUUGCUGGACCAGAAGAAGCAGGAUCAUCGGGUUCAAGACUUCUUACAGCGUUGUCUAGAGUCACCUUUCAGCCGUAAACUGGACCUGUGGAAUUUCCUUGAUAUCCCAAGAAGCCGUCUAGUGAAGUACCCACUGCUGCUUAGAGAGAUUCUGCGACACACGCCAAACGAUCAUCCAGACCAACAGCACAUCGAAGAAGCUAUUAAUAUUGUCCAAGGAAUAGUGGCAGAAAUCAACAAAAAGACGGGUGAAUCUGAAUGCCAGUAUUACAAAGAGAGGCUAAUCUAUCUCGAUGAAGGCCAAAAGGACUCCUUGAUAGAUGAUUCACGUGUCGUGUGCUGUCAUGGUGAACUAAAGAACAACCGGGGAGCGAAAUUGCAUGUGUUUCUCUUCCAAGAAGUACUGGUAAUUACUCGAGCUGUUACACAGAAUGAACAACUCUGUUACCAAUUGUAUCGGCAACCCAUCCCUGUGAAGGAUCUUGUGCUAGAAGACUUGCAAGAUGGAGAGGUGCGAUUAGGUGGAUCCAUACGUGGUGCAUUUAGCAACAAUGAGAGAAUUAAAAACUUCUUUAGAGUCAGCUUCAGAAAGGGAUCUCAAAGCCAGUCUCACUCACUGCAAGCAAAUGACACCUUCAACAAACAGCAGUGGCUCAACUGUAUCCGUCAAGCCAAAGAAUCAGUCUCUUGCGCAUCAAGCGAAGUCCGGACACUUGAUUCCGAAGACCCCUUACUAACAUCAUCGAGUACAUCAUCAAGUAGGAAUAGAAUACCCCGGCAGGAAUCUAAGCUUGAGCAAAUGGACCAAUCAGACAGUGGGUCUGACUGUAGUAUGGACAUCAGUGAAAUCAGCAUUGACUGUGACCACAUGGAGCAGACAUACCCUUGGCAGACUGACAAAGAGAUAGAAAGCAAUGUCUGACAACAA